AUGCCUAAAAACUUGUGUCCGGAAAUGCGAGGUCGUAUUGUUGGGCAGUGGCAGACCGGAAGAUCAGUAGCUGAAAUUGCUGCUGAAAUUUCGUGUUCUGUGAAAACUGUCCGACGAUGGAUACAGCGUUUUACGGAUGGCGGUGAUCAUGCUUUGCAUGAUCAUCGUCGAAAUAAUCGGGCUCCCCGAAAGACUCAACCAGAAGAAGUUGAGGCUAUCGUUGCCGCAGUUGCUGAUCAACCCUUUGGCACCAUCCAAGAGGUGAUCAACGCAACGAACGUCGAAGUAUCCGAUAGGACCGUCCGGCGUCUCAACGAAGCUGGAUAUCACUGUUACCGUCCAGCCCGCAAAAUUCCGCUGACUCCCUUUCAUCGGGAGCAGCGCAUCGCGUUUGCUUUGAAAAACCUGGUGACGAGCCAUGAGGAAUGGGAGGCAACAUUCUUUACGGAUGAGAAAUCCUUCGUAUCGUCUGCCGACCGCAUACCUCACGUAUGGCGAGAUCAACGGUUGCAUCCGAACCAUGUUGUGCCUCUUCACAGAAGUGGGAGGAUUUCAUGCUCAUUGUGGGGCUGGAUUAAUGGCACUACAAUCGGAGAGCUGGUGGAGACUCCUCCACGAAUGACCUCUGCAGAUUACAUUCGCAUACUGGAAGAUGUUUUUCUUCCAUCAGUACGCGCAAUUUAUUCUGUAGAGGACAUGCCAGUUAUUCGAUUAGUGCAGGAUAAUUCUGGAGUCCACACUUCGCGUGAAACGCAGGCAUAG